AUGGGGAAGAGAUCUUUCAGGCGUUUUGUUGAACAAGAGCUGGGAAAGUUUCCUCACUUCUUGAUAUAUGCUUUUCUAGAAUGGGCGUUGAUAAUCAUCCUUUUCAUUGAUGGGUUUCUUGCAUUUUUCAGCAAUGAAUUUGCUAAGUUCUUUGAACUGCAAAUCCCAUGUUUACUUUGUACAAGAAUUGAUCAUGUUUUUGUUAAGAGAAGUCCUGAUUUCUAUUGUAAUGAGUCAAUAUGUGAAUCUCACAAGAAGAAUGUUUCAUCUCUAGCUUAUUGUCAUGUUCACAAGAAGCUUUCGGAGAUAAAGAAGAUGUGUGAGGGAUGCCUUCUUUCCUUCGCUACUGAGAAAGAAUCCGAUUGUGAUACAUACAAAUCUCUUGUUGGGAUUUUGCAUAAGGAUCUUGAGUUGAUUGUUGAAGAUGAUCAGGAAAUCCAGUUGGCAUUCCCAGCAGGAAAGAAGGAAGAUGCAAUGCAGUUAGAGAAGAGCAGUGUUCAAAGGUGUUCUUGCUGCGGGGAGCCUUUGAAGGUGAGGUCUUCUUCACAUGGUAAGGGGAAAAAUCCUGUCAUUAUAUCUCAGGCUCCUGCUCCUUCUCCACGUGCAUCAUAUGGAUUCAGGAACGAUGAUCAUCGGAAUCUUGACCUACCCCACAUAAGAUACACAGAACUCAAGUUUUCAGAUACCGAAUCAGAGCUGCUGGAUGAUGAUUAUGAUAAGACCCCUACUUUUUUGAAAGGAAAUAGAUUCUUUGGAAUCCCACUUUCAGAUUCAGCUCAAAACAGUCCUAGAUGGACAACCAGGUUUGCAAAAAAAUCAAUGCUUGAAAGAACAGAAAAUGCUUCAGAUUCUAUUGAGGGAAACAUGGCACAUGAUGGAGAUGGUGAAUCUAUUUUGCAUCAUUUGAAAAGACAGGUUCGUCUAGAUCGCAAGUCCUUGAUGGAACUUUAUAUGGAAUUGGAUGAAGAAAGGAGUGCUUCAGCAGUUGCAGCUAACAAUGCAAUGGCCAUGAUCACCCGGUUGCAAGCAGAAAAGGCAGCUGUUCAGAUGGAGGCAUUGCAGUAUCAGAGAAUGAUGGAGGAGCAGGCUGAAUAUGACCAGGAAGCCUUGCAAGCAACAAACACUCUACUCUCAAAGAGAGAGGAAGAAAUUAAGGAUUUAGAAGCUGAGCUUGAGUUAUACAGAGAAAAAUAUGGAUCCUUACAGGAAGAAGAUGCGACUGAUGAUGGGACUGAUGAGGAUUAUCAAGACUCAAAAUCAAAAUCUUGUGCAAUUUUCACUGUAGCAGGUGAUAGCAAUGGUCUGUGUUAUAGUUUUCGUGAGGGGUCCAUUAAUGGAGAUAAUGAGCAUAAUCAUGAUGGAUCUAGGCCCCUGCAGGAUGAGAAAGGAGAGAGAAUCCUUGAUAAAACACUUACAGGUGAUUCUGAAUCUAUUAAUGGGGAUGAUGAACAUAACCAUAAUGGAAUUGGGUCACCAGAAGAUGAUGAGAAAGAAGGGAUAAAAACCCCUGACAAAUCACCUGAAGGGAAGAGAAGCCUUAAGUCUGGUUUGAUUAAUGGAGACAAUGAACAUAAUCAGAACACAAAUAGGUCCCCACAGGAUGAGAAAGGAGGGAGAAGCCCUGAUGAAUCACUUGUAAACGAGAGAACCCUUCAUCCUGAGUCUAUUAAUGGAGAUGAUGAACGCAAUCAUGAUGAAGCUGGUUCAGUAGAGGAUGUGAAAGGAGUGAGAAUCCUUGAUAAAUCACCUGAAUCGAUUAAUGAAAACAAUGAACAAAAUCAGGAUGGAGCUGGGUCAUCACAGGAUGAGAAAGAAGGCAUAACUCCUGAUAGGUCACCUGCAGGAGAGAGAACCCUCAAGUCAGGAUCACUUGACGUAGACAAUGAACAUAAUGAACCUGGGUCAUUAGAGGAUGAGAAAGGAGGAAAAACACCUGAUAAAUCACCUGAGGGAGACAAGGAAAAUAAUCAUGACGGAGAGAUAACUCCUAAGGAAGAUAAUCAUGAUGAAACUGAGUCGUUAAAGGAUGAGAAAGGAGAGGAAAGCCACGAUAAAUCAUCUGAAGGGGAGAGAACCGAUCAUUUAGAUCAUGAGAAACCUCACAUUUCAUCAUCAGAAGGGGCUGCUUCCUCACAACCUAGUAAUGAAAAUGUGGACAAUGUAGAGGAAGAGUCAGGAAAGAGAAGCAAAGCUAUCCUAACAAAAGAGUUGUCUAAUCUUCAUGAGAGGGUGAAGGCUCUUGAAGCAGAUAAUGGAUUCUUGGAACAUGUUCCUGAGAAGCUCCCAGAUGGUAGUGAAGGAGCAACACUUUUGACAGAGAUAUCAAAUAAUCUGCAUAAGCUUUUCAAAAUUUUAUCGUGA